UGUCACUUUACGUGUAACGAAACUCCUCGAAGUUACGUCUUUGGCGAGCAAAGACGUUCCAAAAAUACUUUUUCCUCAAAAAUAGCCUUUAGUGAGGUUUUAAUUGCUACAAACUAUGUCCCUAAUCAGCAGAAAUAUUAUCCGUACCCUAGUGCAGGGGUCCCAGCUCGCGGGCAAAGGUCUGCAUACCACGAGUGCGGUAAACGCCGACAAAAACGUAUGUUUUGCGCCAUAUUCCAUCAGCUCCCUGAGCAAAGAGGGUCGCAUUAAGUGCACCCUCAUCCCCGGAGAUGGCGUUGGUCCCGAGCUGGUCUACUCUGUGCAGGAGGUGUUUAAGGCGGCCGGUAUCCCCGUGGACUUUGAGUCGUUCUUCUUCUCCGAAGUAAACCCGACGCUGAGCGCUCCGCUAGAAGAUGUCGUCAACUCCAUCGCUCGCAACAAGAUCUGCAUUAAGGGUAUCCUGGCCACCCCGGAUUUCUCCCACACCGGCGAGCUGCAGACCCUCAACAUGAAGCUGCGUAACGCUCUCGACUUGUACGCUAACGUCGUGCACGUCAAGUCGCUACCGAACGUCAACUGCCGUCACAAGGACGUGGAUUGCAUCAUCAUCCGAGAGCAGACCGAGGGUGAAUACUCUGCCUUGGAGCAUGAGUCUGUACCUGGAGUGGUCGAGUGCCUUAAGAUCAUCACAGCCGUCAAAUCCGAUCGCAUCGCCAAGUUUGCCUUCGACUAUGCCGUCAAAAUGGGCCGCAAGAAGGUUACAGCUGUCCACAAGGCUAACAUCAUGAAGCUUGGUGACGGUACCUUCUUGAGGAGUUGCGAACAGAUGGCAAAACUGUACCCCCGCAUCGAGUUCGAGAAAAUGAUCGUGGACAACUGCACGAUGCAGAUGGUGUCGAACCCGAACCAGUUCGACGUGAUGGUGACGCCCAACCUGUACGGCAACAUCGUGGACAACCUGGCCAGCGGGCUCGUGGGCGGCGCGGGCGUUGUAGCCGGAGCGUCUUAUAGCCCCGAGUGUGUCGUGUUCGAACAGGGCGCCCGCCACAUCUUCUCCGGGGCUGUGGGCAAGAACAUCGCCAACCCGUGCGCCAUGCUGCUCUGCUCCGCGAACCUCCUCGCCCACGUUAACCUGCACUCGUACUCCAAGAUGAUCAAGAACGCCAUCAACAAGGUUCUCAUGGACGGCAAGGUCAGAACGAAGGACCUCGGCGGCCAGUCCACCACCAAAGACUUCACCUAUGCCAUCAUCCACAGCCUCACGCCACCGCCGCAGUAAAAUCUUACAUUUCAUGUUUCCCAACUAUUGUCAAAUCAAGUCUUGCAGAAAUUGCUAUCGAAUCCGGCUGUAUCCGCCACUUUUAGGAGCUACAGGGUUCAACCGGUCCAGCCAGUUACGGCCGAAAUCCGGUUUACAAUCCGUACUUUCAACCUAACAUAAAUAAGGAGCGUAACUUUUCCAGCAAUUUCGGCAACACGGUAGAAAUUAAGGAAUUCAUACAUGUGUUUUCUAGGUAAAUGAUCAAUUAAAGCUCAUUUUACUGCUAUUAAUCCUAAUUAACUAUUCCAGCUGAAUACGACAUGUAUAUUUAACGCGACAAUGCUGCACCAAAAUUGCUGGAAAAGUUAUGUCUGAUUAUAAGAGUGCUUGGUUGAAGUAGUUUACAGAUAUCGCAAGCAUAGGUUUUUUUUAUCACAGAAUUUUCUGGAGGCUAGCCUAAUUCCAUGGGACAUUUUAAAGGGAAUUAUAUGCUGGCGCUUGAAUAGUUCUUACUGAAAUCACUGUCAAAUAUGAUGCCGGAUAGUAUUUAAUAGUUUAUAGAAUACAAAUAACCGCCUAGAAUUUCAUUUGACAGUGGUUUUCGAUAGGUAAAUGAUGAAGAAUAUUUAGGUAUGUAAAAUUUGAGAUGAAAAUGAAUAAAUGGAAAAUAAUACAGCUUUCAACUGUUUAGUAGAUACGCCCAAGAUAUUUAAAACUUGGCAAUUGACAAUAAUAUAAGUCUUGAUUAUUUGACAAUGUUGAGAAACAUUUAUUGGCCAAAUAACUUUUUCACUUAAGUUAGGUUCAAGUAGUACAAUUCCCAUUCGAAUCUAAAUGCAAUAAUUGUAAGGAUAAUUUAUUUAUAUUUAUUUAUGAUUGAAUCAGACAGCGGAAUAUUCACCAGUAUUGUAUUAAGUAUUGAAAUCAGUUACCAUUGUAAAUAAUAGGUAAAUAAAACUAAUAAAAUAUAUUG